AUGAGAUCGACAAGUGGGAGGCCCAAGAGUCCAUUCAUCGCUUUGUGGUCUCAGGGGGCCUAUGAGGGCUUUAGAAAGCCACAUCGUCCUGCUGGAUUUCCAUCCCCUUCCAAAAAGAAUUUGAAAUAGUCCAGGACAAAUGAUCAGGAGAAGGGGUAAGCAGACUCGCUCCUCUGAGGGCAGAGUCCUUUCUAUACUAAGCCUCCUAGAGCCCUGAGCUUCCUGGUGGCUCAGUCAAAAAGGGAAAAUGCCCAUCUCACUUGAGGCUGGGUAUGCAUGUGUGUGAGUGGUAUGAGUGUGUGUAUGUCAGUGUGAACAUGAGUGUUGUGUUAAUGUGCAUCUGUGUGGGGGCGGUUUCUGGGAUGUGUGAAUGUAUGUGAGUGGUUUGUGUCUGUGAUUGUGUGUGAGUCUGUGUGUGUCAGCUCUGCAUAGUGUGAGGAGGUCAGGGCAACUGAAGACCUCAUCUCCCCUCCCCCCAUGUGGCCCCAGCCAAGUGACAGCAACGAAUCUUGAGAGUGAAGGCCACUCUAGGAUGUGGCAGCUAAGGGGUGGGAGGAUGAGGGCCUGUCCUGGGGACCAGAUUGUACCACAUUAGGGCGUGAGGAGACCCGUGGGACAGGAAGGUCAAGUCAUGCUGGUAGCUCCUUCACCAGGCCAGAUGCCUGCAGAUCCUUCAGAACUAGAAAGUUUAGGGUGUGGGGGUGAGGGGACUUCUCUUCUUAGGUCUCUUCCAACCCCCCACCCUGGAGAGGGCAGGAGAAGCUAGGCCUGCUGGGGCCAUCCUGAGGCUGAUCCUUCCCAGCCCUGGGCAGAGCAAACAUUGAUUCACAGCACAUUGGCUAAGGGUGGAGGGCAAAGUACAGUCCUUGUCCCUUAUAUAAAUGGGUGUAGUGGGUGCCAGAUCUGGUCCUUGGAACCUGGUUUGGUCUGAGAGUGUCAGGUGCACACGGGGUUGCCCCAGGUGGACCUCUGUGAGCUUCCACGCAGCACAUCAGAGGAGCCCGGCAGGCAGUGAGGCAACCAUGGGGCUACUGAUUGGGGAAGGCCUGGUGCUUCUGGCAGUGGCCGUGGCCGCCUUCCUGCUCAUGGUGGACUUGAUGCACCGGCGUGCACGCUGGGCUGCAAACUACCCUCCAGGCCCUAUGCCAAUGCCUGGGCUGGGCAACCUGCUGCAGCUGGACUUCCAGGACAUGCCAUACAGCUUAGGCCAGCUGCGGCGCCGCUUUGGGGACGUGUUCAGCAUCCAGCUGGCCUGGACACCCGUGGUUGUGCUCAACGGGCUGAAAGCCGUGCGUGAGGCCCUGGUGCUCCGCGGCGAGGACACGGCCGACCGCCCACCUGUACCCGUCUAUGAGCACCUGGGCUUCGGGCCGCGGGCGCAAGGCUUGAUCCUGGCGCGCUAUGGGCACGCGUGGCGCGAGCAGCGACGCUUCUCCUUGUCCACACUGCGCAACUUCGGCCUGGGCAAGAAGUCGCUGGAGCAGUGGGUGACCGAGGAGGCCGCCUGCCUCUGCGCCGCCUUCGCUGCCCAGGCUGGACGCCCCUUCAGGCCCAACGCGCUGCUGAACAAAGCGGUGAGCAACGUGAUCGCCUCCCUCGUCCAUGGGCGCCGCUUCGACUAUGACGACCCCACCUUGCUCAAACUCCUGGAGCUGGUGGACGCAGGACUGAAGCAGGAUUCAGCCUUCAUGCGCGAGAUGCUGAACGCGGUCCCGGUGCUGGUGAACAUCCCAGGGCUGGCCGGCAAGGUCUUCUCGGCACAGAAGGCCUUCAUGGUCCUAAUGGAUAAACUGGUCGACGAGCACCGGGAGACGCGGGACCCGGCCCAGCCGCCCCGCGACCUGACCGAUGCCUUCCUGGAUGAGGUGGAGAAGGCCAAGGAGAAACCCGAGAGCAGCUUCACUAAUGAGAACCUGCGCUGGGUGGUGGCCGACCUGUUCAGCGCUGGGAUGGUGACCACCUCGACCACACUGGACUGGGCACUUCUGCUCAUGCUCCUGCACCCGGACGUGCAGAAGGGUGUUGUCCGGGCCCCUGGGUUCUGGCUUAGUGGGGGGACUCUUGUCUGUCCAGGCCGUGUCCAGCAGGAGAUCGACGAGGUGAUAGGGCGGCUUCGGCAACCUCAGAUGGAGGACCAGGCCCGCAUGCCCUUCACCACAGCAGUGGUCCAUGAGGUGCAACGCUUUGGGGACAUAGUGCCACUGGGCGUGCCUCACAUGACGUCCUGUGACACUGAAGUGCAGGGAUUCCUCAUCCCCAAGGGCACAAGGCUCAUCUGCAACCUGUCAUCGGUGCUGAAGGAUGAGGCUGUCUGGGAGCAGCCCUUCCGUUUCCACCCCGAGCACUUCCUGGAUGCCCAGGGCCGCUUCGUGAAGCAGGAGGCCUUCAUGCCUUUCUCAGCAGGCCGUCGCUCAUGCCUUGGGGAGCCCCUGGCACGCAUGGAGCUCUUUCUCUUCUUCACCUGCCUCCUGCAGCGCUUCAGCUUCUCGGUGCCUGCCGGACAGCCCCGGCCCAGUGACCAUGGUGUCUAUGCCUUCCUGUUCACCCCAUUCCCCUACCAGCUCUGUGCUGUGCCCCGCUAAAGGCACCAAGCCCCAAUCAGCUCCCUAGCUUCACCUUGACCAACAAUAAACGUCUGGGGGCUCCCACCUUGUGUCUGGGUCCCUCCUGUGCCCGGACCAGCCCCGGAAUAUGAUGAGCCUUCAGUGGCCUGCGGGGACCACUGCCUGUCCCCUGCCCCGGCCAAUCUUCCAGACCAUUUGAGAGAUGGCAUACUGAGGCUCAGAAGGCAGCAGCCUGCCAGCCCUACCCUUCUGUCCAUUCAGCACCCAAAACUGUCUUCUUGGGUUGGUGACAAAGUCAAUGCAGAGGCCCUGGCUCUGGGCUGUCCGGUGGGGCGAGGGGUAACAUGGGGUGCUCAGAGGAGUUAGCCCAGGCCCAGGUGGGAUGGAGAGGGGCUCACUCAGCCUGUAUGUCCACAGAUCAGGCCCGACUCCACCCAGGCUGCACCAGCGGCUGACGGCUCAGCUAGAACCAUCGUGUCUCCUACCUCACUUCAGUGUUACCCCAAACGGUGGGGAAAACGGAGGGCCAGGCAGUGGGCUGCCAGGGUUAGGAGCCAUGAAUGGGUCAUGGGGUGCCAUUGCUCUCUGGGGAAGGCCUGAUGGCAGCUCAGGAGUGAGCCAACUCCCUGAGCCUGUCAGCCUCCCCAAGGUUGGAUGGGCCCCACCCAGCCCUACAACGGCGCUCACAUACAGGCCC